AUGGAGAUAAAGAAACCUACAAUUCUUAUUUCCUAUGAAGAUAACGAUCAAUAUACCUCUGUGGAUUGCCUACAUAAAUAUUUUGAAUACUUAGAUAAAUUUGAAAAAAAAUGUAGUAGUUUUAAUGAAAAUAAUUGUGCACAUAUAUGCAAUGAAUGUAAUGAAUUAAAUAAAAAUAUAUACAAUCUAAAAAGAGAGUGCCAUAAUCAAAUUUCUCCCUUUGCGCAUUUGCAUAAAGAAAAUGAGGAAAUAAACUUCUGUGAAAAAUGUACUAGUGAAUGCAAAUACAGUAAGAAAACCCGAUGUUGUAAUGAAGGAAAUAUUGCAUUAAAAUCAGAUGCAGAUCAAUUAUGUGAAGGAAAUAAUGUUAGUAAGGACGAAACAGUAACAAUUGAUGAAGGGUCUAUGUUACAAACAAUAUUGGAUUCACAGGUUUCGGAUCCCCGAAGUUCAGAAAGUGAUAAUCACGGAAAACAAGGUGAAAAGCAUAAUGCUGAGAGUGAAUUCAAAUCAGAAAAAGAAAAUCCAGAAAAACAACAAGAAACGGGUACAGAUAAUUUUGAAAAGAAUCAAGAAGAAGUAUCUUCACCAAUGGAUGAUAAUCGUACUACUACACCCGUAAAAUUGCAAACUACCCCAGAAUGUUUGUCCGCCUUAAGUAAUUCAUUAAAUAAUACAUUAACUACCAAUGAAAAUAAUGAAUCUUCUGAAAAAAACCUUGCGCAGUUAUCGAAUUCAGGUAUUACACAUCAAGGGAAUGAUUCGAAUAAAGAUAUCACCCAAAGUAUAAUACAAGUUCCUCAAAGUAAUGCUCAGCAUAUCAGUCUGAAAAAAAAUCAUAAUGCUGUUAAAGAAAUCUCUUAUAUAAUAACGUUUGUUUACAAAACAUUUUUUUCUAUAGUGCUCAGUAAUAUACCCUUUAUUAAAUAUGUUUCUCACCAUGUAGGUGCUAAUACUUCACAAGGAACCCCUGAAUCUAGUAGUAGCAUGUGUGAUGGAUCUCAAGAUACGGAUAACCCAUCUCCUGAUAAAGAAGUUCCCAAAGGUAAAAGUUCUAGUCAUUUUCAUACAAGUCAUGGAAAUAGCGGUGUUGAACAUGCUAUUACAGAUAUCAAUAUUCAUAUAAGUAAUACUGAAGAAGGUACUCCAGAUCAACGUACCCAUGAUAAUGGUACUAAUGAGGGAGUUAUCCCUAUUAGCGCACUUUUUGAUGAAAUGUGUGAUUUUGCAUAUUUCAAUAUGAAAUUUCACUUACAUUGCUACAUCUUAUAA